GUGGCAGACUGAGACCCCCAGGGAAGGAGACCAGGCUGGGUUUUCUGCAAGGAGGCCUUGUCUCCUCCUUCCCCCAGGGUGGUAGUUUCCACACAGUCCCUUUCUCGAGGCAGGUGGGGGCUUCUCCAGGUGCUACCUUUCUCCUCCUGGCCUCAGCUGCUUUUCCAGACAAUCCAUAUAAGCCAGGGUCUGCAGCUUGCUUGCCGUUGGCAGAAGGGGGCAUGGGGCCUGCCUCCCGGUUAGGGGCUGGAGGUCUCACGAUGAGUUGGGGAACCUGUUUGGAGUACCUGCUCCUCCUGGUUCUGGGACUUGGCCUGGGCCAGAGACCUGGAGCCUGGGGCCUGCAGCUCAGCCAUGAAUGUGGCUCCUACAGCAUGCAGCUGCUGGUGGUCCCGAGGCCUGGUCAAACGAUCCGUUUCAAGGUGGUGGAUGAGUUCGGGAGCCACUUUGAAGUGACCAACUGCUCCAUCUGUCUCCACUGGGUCACCUCCGAGCCCCAGGGCCCCACCAUCUUCUCUGCAGGUUACCAUGGAUGUCACGUGAUGAAGAAGGAUGGCCGGUACCACUUGGGAGUGUUUGUAGAAGCGAUGUUGGGCGCUCGGCUUGAUGAAGCUCAAAAUGUGACCUUGAUCUGCCCCAAAGCCGGGCAUCCCAAGAGCCCCGGCCCUCCUCGUCCUCUCCCUCAUCCCGCCUCCCAUCUCUCUCCCUCCCCUGCCGGGCUCCAUCCUCCUCCUCGCCUUAGCCCUUUUCACCUGGACUUGAGACAUUUGUCUCUCUUGCCAGCUGCUCAUGGCAGCCGUCGACCCUCCCGUGCCCACUCCACCUGGUCUUCUCCCUCCCCCAGCCCUGUCACUUCAGUGCAUCAGAUCUCACCAUAUCACACAGGAAACCCCCUGAGCCGGGAGCAAUGCCAGGUCAUCUCUGGCCGCGUCCCCUGCGCAGAAGGUGCGCGCUCUGAAGCCUGUCUCCAAGCUGGUUGCUGCUAUGAUAACACGGAUGCCAAGGUGCCAUGUUACUAUGGUGACACAGCCACCGUCCAGUGUUUGGAAGACGGCCACUUCGUCCUGGUGGUCUCCCAGAAUACCACCUCUGAAAAGCAGGUUGGUCUCGAGAGCAUCAAGCUAGCCUAUGCUUCGGGUGGCUGCACCCCAACCCAGAGGACAGAAGACUUUGUGGUCUUCCAUUUUCCAGUCACCCAGUGUGGCACCACCAUCCAGCUGGUCGACAACCAGCUCAUCUACGAGAACCAACUGGUGUCAGACAUGGAUAUCCAGACAGGGCCAGAAGGCGCCAUCACUCGGGACAGUAUCUUCCUUCUCCAUGUGCGCUGCAUCUACAAUGCCAGCAGCUUCCUGCCCCUCCAGAUGGAGGUCCUCCUGCCACCGUCAUCUGUCCCUGCGCUCGGGUCUGGCCCAUUGCACCUUGAGCUUCGAAUUGCCAGAGAUCAGAAAUACAGCUCCUACUACCACGUGGAGGACUACCCCAUUUUCAAGAUGCUUCGGGAACCCGUACACGUAGAGGUGCGACUCCUCGGGAGGACGGACCCCAACCUGGUGCUGGUUCUGCAUCACUGCUGGGCUACCCCCAGCACCAAUCUCUUCAAGGAACCUCAGUGGCAUCUUCUGUUUGAUAGAUGCCCAUUUGCUGGAGAUGGCUACAAGACCCGGUUGGCACCUGUGGAGGGUACAUCAGAGCUCCUUUUCCCAACUCAUUAUCAGCGUUUCGUUGUUUCCACUUUUACCUUUGUUGACUCGGUCUCCCAGAGGGCUCUCAGUGGACCGGUUUACUUCUUCUGUAGAGCUUCUGCCUGCUAUCCUUCUGAGACAGAAACUUGCAAGGCUGUAUGUUACCCAGGGAGUACAAAGCGGAGGCGCUUUGUAGAUGGCCAUAAUUACAUGGAAGGAGUCCAGGACAUUGUGGGUUCUCCAGGACCAGUGGAAUUUGGGAAUUCUAGCAAACGGAAGAUUAACUUGCACAAUAAAGCUUCACCCUCCACGGAGCCUGACUCCAAGGAGAGAUCUGUCAUCUUGCGGCCCAACGUCUCGGAGCCCCUUCUUCCAGAAAGAUCCUCCUGGAACACGACCCUGAAGCCUCUGCUGUGGGUGACCUUCUCCCUGGUGGUUAUCGCCAUCUUGCUGGUGGUGGCAGCGCUCCUUGGAAGGAGCCAGAAGGCUCGAGAGCAGAGCAGGGAAUGUGUCAAUAAACCCAAAUGUUGA